CUCUAGUUGAGUUUAAUUUUCUUUUAUGAUGACUGGAUUGGAGCCGGUUGAAUCGAUAUCCCACCUGAUUUGGUUCAGCGAAUCAAAGUCUGCAGCUUGGGAGAAUCAUUUAACUCUUAAAGUGUCUUGUUUGACCCUACACUGCACAUCAUCGUAGAUUCGGUCAUAACAUUAACACCAGUGUAAGAAUAAUAGCAACAUCAACUCAGAUCAUCGUCAAACAAUCCCAAAAUGGAAGAAACCAACCUUAACCAAACAAUCCGUUGCAUCGUCAAACUUGGAGGAGCAGCAAUUACUUGUAAAAAUGAGCUAGAGAAGAUCAAUGAAGAGAAUCUGGACACAGUUUCAUCCCAUUUGAGGCAAGCAAUGAAUCUGGGUUCUUGCUCAAAGCAAGUUAUGGGGAUGGAUUGGAGUAAAAGAGAUGGGGUUUCGGAUAUUUCUUCUAGUUUAUGUGAUUUUGGUGAUCAGUGUCAGUUCAACGUUGAUUUCAGCAGAUUUGUUGUCGUUCAUGGUGCAGGUUCAUUUGGGCAUUUUCAGGCAAGCAAAUCUGGGGUUCAUAAAGGGGGAUUGAAUCAACCUCUUGUCAAGGCUGGUUUCGUUGCAACUCGAAUUUCUGUCACGACUCUUAAUCUUGAAAUUGUUCGAGCACUAGCCAGAGAGGGUAUUCCUUCUAUCGCAAUGUCUCCGUAUUCAUGUGGAUGGUCAACCUCCGAAAGAAAUGUAGCUUCUGCUGAUUUGUUGGGAGUAGCCAAAGCGAUUGACUCAGGCUUUAUCCCUGUUUUACACGGAGAUGCAGUACUUGAUGACCGCCUGGGAUGCACCAUUUUGAGCGGAGAUGUUAUCAUCCGUCAUCUUGCAGAACACCUGAGGCCGGAAUAUGUCGUCUUUCUUACUGAUGUUUCGGGUGUAUAUGACCGACCACCAACCGAUCCAAAUGCUGUUCUCUUAAGAGAAAUAGCCGUGGAUGAAGAUGGAAAGUGGUCCGUUGUGAAACCAACUCCGCAAAGCAUGAACAAGCAAGUUGAAAUAACGGUAGCAGCUCAUGAUACGACUGGGGGAAUGGUGACCAAAAUAUCGGAAGCUGCAAUGAUUGCAAAGCUCGGAAUUGACGUUUACAUAGUGAAGGCCGCCACAAGCCACUCAUUGAGAGCAUUGAGGGGAGAACUGAGACAUGACAUACCAGAUGACUGGCUCGGGACGGUUAUCCGGUUCUCAAGAUAGAUCGCACGAGGUAUUGGAGGAUAUUUUAUGACUAAUCAGGGAACAAUAUCUUGGAGCCUUUUUCAAGUGAAGAUAUAAAUUCCAACAAAGUGACAUUUUGCGUCACCAUGCUUGCCUCUCUUCAAAGUCGGAACUUCCACAACCUGUAAUAACAUUUAGUACACGAAAGAACUGGUUGAUGUUUUAGUAGAUUAUGAACAACAUGACCAAAUCCCUCUACUUUGCAAUUUUUAUGGAUUUACUUCUUAUAUCUGUAAUCUGAAAUUUAUAUUGAGGUGCCUAUUUACAAAAACUAAAUAAUUUCCUUUUUGACUUUCAA